CGCGGCGCGAGAGUGGUGUUGUUUUUAAGAAUCAAUUUAAAAUGUCCAUACCUGUUAUUUGAGAUAAAAUAUGAGUUUAUAUACAAGAAGCAGUUGCUUGGAAACCAAACGAUGGAAACAGAAAAUCUUUCAGUAUUACUUCUCCAUUACUACCCGCAGUAUUUAAAACAAUGCUGCGACUUAAUCAACGAGGAAUGGCCUCGCAGCGAAACCGCCAGAAUGAUGUCUCUUCAAGCGUCACGUGACGCACUACCGACUAGUUUUAUUUUAGUUCAAGACAAAAAAUGUGUCAUAGGGCAUUGCAAACUUACUCCGAUCCCAAGUAUCCCCGAGAGUUGUUUUGUAGAAUCUGUAGUUAUAAGUAAAACUCUCCGAGGUAAAAAAUUAGGUAGUUACCUGAUGAAACACAUCGAGGAUUACUGUAAAAAUGUUUUAAAUUUAAAAAUGAUUCAUUUAUCAACAAAGGGACAAGAGAAUUUCUAUUCCAAACUUGGUUAUACAGUUUGCAAGCCUGUAUCAAUUUACGGCACUUGUUUGUCAAAUAAAUAUAUAAUUGAACCUCAUAGUCAUAAGACUGAUAAUUCAGUGCCACAGGAGAAUACUCCCAGUACAGGAACGCCGCCUCCACCGCCCCCACCGAUGCCGAAAGUCGGUUUAAAUAGUAAUAGUAACAUUAAAAGUAAUAAAACUUUUAUGUUUAAGGAUAUAAUUGACUAA